CUCAUAACACUUCCUACCUUUGACAAUCAACGUGCUACCAACAUCACCACCAGAACAAAACAGAGCAUCUCUAAGGAAAGCAACUCUAAACUUAAUUAAUUUGAUUCUCUCUUCACCAAUUUAGUAUUUUCCACUAAAUUAAUCUUCACAAAAAUAAUUUUCUUAUCAAACCCAAAUUAAAUAUUUCAAUACCCUCCUCUUAAGAUUCUCAAAUUCAUCAAUUUUACCCUCUUUCUCUCCUCUCCACACAAAUCUUUCCUCCCAAAUACCAAAACCCAAUUCCCCCCAAAAAAAACUUUUUCUCUACUUUUUAUUUUUUUUCAAUUUCAUUCAUACCCAAAUCAAAACAAGCAAAACCCAGAUCAUAAAUAACUAAAUAAUUCCAUUUCCAAUCAAUAGUAUUCUCCUCUCUCGGAGCCAAAACGACGUCGUCUAAUCGUGAUGGCUCCCCGUCUCAGCUCCUGUUUCGGUAAAAAACCGAGCCGUUCAUUACGAACCGGAAAAACCGACGUGGCGGCGACGUCUGACGUGGCAGUAGAGGAGCAGAGGAGAGGAGACGGCGCCGUUUUGGUGGAGCUAUUUUCAUCUCAAGGAUGUAAAACGUCCCCUGAAGCUGAACUUUUAAUGUCACGAUUGGGCCGGGGAGAUUUUAAAUUGGAUCAGCCCAUAAUUGUAUUGGGCUUUCAUGUGGAUUAUUGGGAUUAUAUGGGCUGGAAAGAUCCAUACGGGUCAAGUCAAUGGACUGUUAGACAAAAGGCUUAUAUUGAGUCCUUAAAACUUGAUACCAUGUUUACCCCUCAAGUAGUGAUUCAAGGUAGGGCCCACUGUAUUGGUAAUGAAGAGGAUAAUCUUCUCUCUAAUAUUGCUGCUGCUCCUAGAUUUCCUUCCCCUAAUUUUCAGGCAAACUUCGAAAGAACCGAACCAGAAACAUUGCAAAUCUCGCUUUCAGGACAAUUAAGGAUGAAGCUAGAUAAUCAAGGAGCCAAUGUGAUGGUGGCAUUGUACGAGAAUGGCUUGGUGACCGAUUGUCCAAAGGGAGAGAACAAAGAUCGAGUUCUCUCUAACGACUUUGUCGUUAGGAGGCUCGAAAAACUUUGCUUCGUUAAAGACAUUUCUGCUAAGAAGAACAUCACAGGGACUCUCAACUUCCCAUUGUGGGAUACUUUUAACAGUACUAAAUGUGGUGUUGCUCUCUUUGUACAACAAAACAGUUCUCAUCAUAUCUUUGGCUGUCAAAAGUUUGAUCUUCCAAGUAAUUUAUGAUUUAGUAAAGGAAAUUUGGAUGAAAAAUUGGUGAAUUUGUUGAAGAUGUGAAGGUAAAUUGAUUUUGGGUUGGAGUCGUAAGUGUUGAUGUUUUUUGGUUCAUUAAUUUAGUUGAUUAUAAAGAGGGUACGGAUGCAUCCAUCUGACCUCCGUAAACUCUAGUUUGCAUAAGGUUAAGGGUAAUGAAAUGUAUAAUUCUACCGAUCCUAUAUUUUGGGAUUACGGUUUAACAUUAUUCUUGUAAGUUGUAACAUGACUAUUCUUAGCAACACUUUCUUGCUUUUUAAAGAGUUGCAUUUGGGUUAGGUGAA